GAGGAUCAGUAGUGGGCCCGGGAGACACAUGAUCGGUGACGCUGUUGAGCCGCGGGGCGUUCCGAGCUCCCGCCCUCUCUCCCCGCAGUGAGCGGAUUAUCUGGGCCGGGGGAAGGGGAGGAGGGAGAGUGACCGCAGCCAGACCCUCUCGGGAGGGGACAUCGGGGCAACAGCAGCGGAGAGAAGAGGAGGGACCGAGAGAGAGAGACGCUCCCAGGGAGGAAUCUGGCUGCUGAUUUUCUGCUGACUUCCUUCCUCCUGGAACAACAAUCCAAGAGGAAAACCCAGUGACGAGAGGGACACGCAGUCCAGCACUGGAGGAGGAAGAAGAGGAACGCUGAGGAGAGAGUGACUUAUAUAGAACUAGGAGAGACAGUUAGGCUCGAGUACAGGACCCGGGGGAUAUAUAUAUAUCUAUAUACACACGCACAGGAGAUACUGAAUAUGCACAAGAGAAUGUGAUGUCGGCACAAGUUGGAGUCACAAUUGUACAUACAGAGGGCACAAGAGUGACAGAGUGAACUGUAACACACAGGUUGGAGGAGUGAAGUGUAACGCACAGGUUGGAGGAGUGAACUGUAACACACAGGUUGGAGGAGUGAACUGUAACACACAGGUUGGAGGAGUGAAGUGUAACGCACAGGUUGGAAGAGAAACACAAAUAAGUCCCAUGAGUGGUGACAUGGAUAAGGGUCACGAGUAGGAGUGUAACAGACACAAAAAGUGACAUUUGGAAUUGGGAUAGUGCAGAAAGGAGACUGCAAGGACACAAGGAAGUGCAGCAUCCAGACACUUGAGGUGUAACAUGGCCGCUAAGGACUACGACCAUCUCUUUAAACUGCUUCUUAUUGGAGACUCUGGUGUUGGAAAAAGCAGCCUCCUGCUGAGAUUCUCCGAUAACUCCUUCUCUGGAAGUUACAUCACAACCAUCGGGGUCGACUUCAAGAUCCGCACUCUGGUUCUGGAUGGAGAACGAGUGAAGCUGCAGAUCUGGGACACGGCCGGGCAGGAGAGAUUCAGGACAAUCACCUCCACGUAUUACAGGAACACUCACGGUGUUAUUGUGGUGUAUGAUGUCACCAGUCCAGAAUCGUUUGUGAAUGUGAAGCGCUGGCUGCAUGAGAUCACUCAGAAUUGCGACUCUGUCUGCACUGUACUGGUCGGUAACAAAGAUGACGAUCCUUCCCGGAAACACGUGGAAUCCGCCGAUGCCAAGAGAUUCGCUGAUCAGAUGGGUGUCAGAUUGUUUGAGACGAGCGCAAAAGAGAACCGCAACGUGGAGGAGAUGUUCCUUUCUGCGACCCGUAUGGUCCUGCGCAUGAAGAGAGACAACCAGGCCAGGCUGAAUCCCAGCGAGGUUGUCAGCAUCACCAAGACGAAAAAGAAACCGCACGUCAAGAGAUGCUGCUGACUCCGCCCCUUGGAUGUGUCGGGGAGGGGCUUCUACAAAAGUUAACUGGAAAUGACUAUGGGAGUUUAAGGGGGGGCGGACUGGAUCAUACCACUGUUUUGGGGGAUACAUGAUAGAAGAAAGACGGCUUAUGUUGUGUGGAGACUCAAUCACGUGGCUGUGUAGGUGAGCCUUGAUGUGAGUUCCAGCAGCCAUAGUGGGAGACUACUGUACUUGGCAGCUGACAGCCACAAAACUGCCAGCUGGAGCUGCAACACCGUGCCGUAGAGCAUAUGGGUCAUCCAGUACAGAGGCCUUUCAGUUCCUAUGCUGAGGGCUGCAAAGAGAAUCCAUGGACAUUUUCCCAAUAAAAGUGAUGGGGUGAAAUUUAAUAUUAAGGAGAACUUAAGGAAUGUACAGGACCACUAGGAGGCGAAUGCACGGUGAAAUUAGAGGAGGAGUAGAUAAAGUGAGAAGAGGGACAGGGUAGUACAAGUACAGUAGCUGCAGGGGGAACCACUGGAUCAUAUGCUCCACGGUGUUAUUUAGAUAUGUUUCAAUAACUGACGACGGCAGACAUAUUUAACCCGGUUCGGGCAGCCAUCUUUAAUGCAUUCCCUCUCUCCAUGUUUAUAAACGCCUCUCGCCACUGUAUAUCUAUAUAUUUAUGUAUUACUUUUGUCCCGAGCUGUACAUGAAUCUAAAGCUUAUUUUUGCAUUUACGGUAACUUGAUAUUAACUUGGAGAUUAUAAACUGGACCUUUUUUUGUA